CCCAAGAUAAAGUGAAGGUUCAACUGGCUGACAUAAAUGGUGAGACACACAUACUGCCCACUGAGGUGCUCCUCAUGAAAACAGCGGCAGGUGGACCAGAGUCAGUGGGGAAAUAUGCAGCCACUACCUUAUUAGACUGGUAUGACCUGGACCACGGGCUUGUCCUGGUCAUGGAGAGACCAGUUCCCUCUGUGGACCUAUGGACCCACCUGGAUGAGACCAAUGGUUACAUGGCGGAAGCCCAGGCUAAGGUACUGAAGCUGGUUGGAGCAUGUUUCUGUGUCAGUGUAUGGUGUUACCCUAAAGCUGCACUGAGUCUCAACUAAAACAAAACAAAACAAAACAAAGUACUGGAUUUAGUAUUAAUCAAACAGCACUGUGCUGUUUUUGGUAUCAACACUGUUCUCAGGUCAGUUCUCUCAAAUGCACUGAACUGGACUUUGAGCAACAAUUUCUCUGAAAGCUGCAACAAUGUCAAAUAAUUAGAAAGUAUCACCCAGCAUUCCCUGCUUCAUAUAAUUCUAAAUGAGUCUGUUUCUCCUUAUCUCUAUCUCAGAACAUCAUGAAACAGCUGGUGGAUGCAGCCAUUCAAAUGCACUCUCAGAAAGUGUUCCAUCGGGAUAUCAAAGCAAACAAUAUCCUUCUGGAAACUGGUUCUGAUGUCCCUCGAGUGCGCAUCAUAGACUUUGGCUGUGGCUGCAUUGAGAAAAGUGAACCUUACAACAGCUACUCUGGAACCCUUGAUUACGCCCCGCCAGAGUAUUACAAAGAGAGGGAAUACAAGGCCCGUCCCACCACAGUCUGGCAACUGGGCACGCUACUUUAUGAGCUGCUGCAUGAAACCAGUGACUUUAGCACCCAGAGGUUCCUUAGGAACCAAAGGGCUUUUGUGAGUGGGUUAAAUGAGCUCAAAGUGUCCCAAGACUGCCUGGAUUUGUUGAAGAUGUGUUUGACGGCAGACCCGGACAACCGCGCUACCCUGGAAGAGCUGCAGCAACAUCCAUGGUUCACAUAAAACUGCACAUUCCACCCAACAAAACAUCGCCAUCGUCUGGAUGGAACAGAAACUACUUUGCCUUAAAACUUCAGUAUUUUGCAUUAAACUGUGCUUCAAAAAUAUAAAUAAAUGACAUAAGUCACAGUUUGUUGGUGAUUUAGUAAAUGUUUGGACAGGCACCUAAAUACUCUCAUAAAAGGUAUUAUGCUGAUGCGAUAAUGAUGAAAAUUCUUACAUACAUCAAUGCCUCUUUCUUCUCACACU